AUGGCUACUCAAAAUAAUAAGACAGCAACAAUACUCGCAACAAUCGGGACAGUCUUUUGGUGCAUUCAGCUUAUUCCCCAGAUCUGGAAAAACUAUCGACGCAAAUCCACCGAUGGCUUCCCGGUAUCGAUGAUGAUUCUGUGGUCGGCUGCUGGCGUAUUCUAUGGCAUGUAUUUUAUAGCACAGUCUUCUGAUAUUGCUCUACAAGUGCAGCCGCAGAUCUUCACUGCCCUUUGUCUGAUUACCUGGGCUCAAUGCCUUUACUAUGGAAAUGGCUACUCUGCCAGAAAAGCUAUUGCUUUCCUCUUCCUUUCGUCGAUCAUAGGAGCUGGGCUUCAGGUCGCUGCAGCGAUUCCGACUCGUAACUCGCCGCACUACAAAUCAGAUCCUUCGCCGUAUUACUGGCCGAUUUUGAUGCUUGGAAUAUUUGCUGCUGUCUGUCUUGCUGGAGGUCUUGUGCCUCCAUAUUUUGAGCUUGCGAAACACCAUGGACAAGCCAUCGGCAUCUCUCUCAUAUUCCUCAGCAUUGACGCGACUGGUGCUCUUCUAUCAUUUGCUUCUCUCUGGUUUCCACAGGAUAAAGCCGACGGCUCGACAGGGUACCGUGACUACGUGGGUAUGGUCAUUUACCUCGUCGAUCCAUUAAUGGAAGCCGGAAUAGUUCUCACCCAUUUUGUAUGGUGGCUCAGGAUCGGUCGCCACAAAGAGAAGACCACUCACGACGAAGAGCACGCUUUGAAAGAGAGUAAGGUGGGAGGUGAUCGCGAGUUGUCGGCUUCCAGGCAAUCUGAAGGAUAA